AUGAGUACAGGUGGAAAUCGAUAUGGUGUUCCAUAUUAUUUAAGUCAACAUCCAUGGAAUGUUGUCGAUAUAGCUGAUGUACGAUCAGUUAAAAAAAACAGAAACUGACAAAUCAAGCCGUUUUAGGCGUUUUAUGCUAUUUGGUAAGUUUAAUUUUUCAAGGAUAUUAAAAAUUGUAUGCUUAAGGUUCGAAAGCAAAACGAUAGAUCAAAUGAUGUCAAACUGGUUCAUAUCGACUUUUACAACAAUUGGGAGAAAAAUAUGCUGCAGCACGAACAAUCAAUCAAGGAUUAUAUAUUUUUUGGCACAGUUCGAAAAGGAACUAUUAUAUUUCCUAUUCUAAAGAGCAUGCAUUUUUUUGUCGUCGUAGUUUGCUAUAAAACGAAAAAACUUAUCUACUGUGAUUCUUUAUUCAUGCGACUUGUUCCAGUAGAAGAAAUUCGAAAAAUCCUUUCACCACUUGGAGAUGGAUCCAGUCAAUUCGAGUUACGGUAUGCUGAUGAAAAAGAAAUUUUCAAACAAAACGACUCAAUCAGUUGCGGAGUUCUAUCCAUUUUCAAUGCAGAAAAUUAUAUAAUCCAUGGAAAUUUUACGAACAAAUGUAACAUUUCCCAUAUGAGAAAACGAUAUUUUAAACAUUUACAACUAUUCAAGAUAGGUAAGAGAAAUAAGUUUUUUAUACUACAUUUUUAUACAAUGUUUUUAGAUCAACAUUUCAACGACAUCGAUUCAGACACUGAUAUCUCUACAUCCGAUGAUGAUGUUCAUGAACUAUGCCUACCACCAGCAAAUGUUCCAUCAUCCAGCAAGACCAAAAGAACUCAAAGUCGUAACGGAGAAGGUUUAAAAUCCAAUGAUGUUAUGAUUUUAGAGGAUGUCAAUUAUGAAUGUGAUUAUCGUAACAAGUCUAAAGUUCGAAGAAGUUCUUCAGGUCAAAAGAAAGCUGGAUCAAAAGGCAAGAAGAAAGGAUAUCCUGAUGUUGUUGGAACUGAAGAUUAUUCGAAUAAAAACAAUUCUCGAGUUCGAAGAAAUUCUUCAAUUAUUGAAAAAGAUGUGGAAGUUGUCGGAAAAAGAUUAACACGUUCUACCAAAUCGGAGCCUCCAAAAACCAUUUUCUGUGAUCAAGAGAGCAAUUCCUCAAGAUUUAUUGAAAGCACUAUCAAUGAUUGUAAGUUUCUAUUUCUGAAAAAAAUUAUGAUUCCAAAAAUUCAGGUCAAAAGAAAGUUGGAUCAAAAGGCAAGAAAAAAGGAUAUCCUGAUGUUGUUGGAACUGAAGAUUAUUCGAAUAAAAACAAUUCUCGAGUUCGAAGAAAUUCUUCAAUUAUUGAAAAAGAUGUGGAAGUUGUCGGAAAAAGAUUAACACGUUCUACCAAAUCGGAGCCUCCAAAAACCAUUUUCUGUGAUCAAGAGAGCAAUUCCUCAAGAUUUAUUGAAAGCACUAUCAAUGAUUGUAAGUUUCUAUUUCUGAAAAAAAAUUAUGAUUCCAAAAAUUCAGGUCAAAAGAAAGCUGGAUCAUAAGGCAAGAAAAAAGGAUAUCCUGAUGCUGUUGGAACUGAAGAUUAUUCGAAUAAAAACAAUUCUCGAGGUCGAAGAAAUUCUUCAAUUAUUGAAAAAGAUGUGGAAGUUGUCGGAAAAAGAUUAACACGUUCUACCAAAUCGGAGCCUCCAAAAACCAUUUUCUGUGAUCAAGAGAGCAAUUCCUCAAGAUUUAUUGAAAGCACUUUGAAAGCUGGAUCAAAAGGCAAGAAAAAAGGAUAUCCCGAUGCUGUUGAAACUGAAGAUUAUUCGAAUAAAAACAAUUCUCGAGGUCGAAGAAAUUCUUCAAUUAUUGAAAAAGAUGUGGAAGUUGUCGGAAAAAGAUUAACACGUUCUACCAAAUCGGAGCCUCCAAAAACCAUUUUCUGUGAUCAAGAGAGCAAUUCCUCAAGAUUUAUUGAAAGCACUUUGAAAGCUGGAUCAAAAGGCAAGAAAAAAGGAUAUCCCGAUGCUGUUGAAACUGAAGAUUAUUCGAAUAAAAACAAUUCUCGAGGUCGAAGAAAUUCUUCAAUUAUUGAAAAAGAUGUGGAAGUUGUCGGAAAAAGAUUAACACGUUCUACCAAAUCGGAGCCUCCAAAAACCAUUUUCUGUGAUCAAGAGAGCAAUUCCUCAAGAUUUAUUGAAAGCACUAUCAAUGAUUGUAAGUUUCUAUUUCUGAAAAAAAAAUUAUGAUUCCAAAAAUUCAGGUCAAAAGAAAGCUGGAUCAAAAGGCAAGAAAAAAGGAUAUCCUGAUGCUGUUGGAACUGAAGAUUAUUCGAAUAAAAACAAUUCUCGAGGUCGAAGAAAUUCUUCAAUUAUUGAAAAAGAUGUGGAAGUUGUCGGAAAAAGAUUAACACGUUCUACCAAAUCGGAGCCUCCAAAAACCAUUUUCUGUGAUCAAGAGAGCAAUUCCUCAAGAUUUAUUGAAAGCACUUUGAAAGCUGGAUCAAAAGGCAAGAAAAAAGGAUAUCCUGAUGCUGUUGGAACUGAAGAACGCUCUCGAAGAGUUACAACUGGAGUUGAAAAAUCUUCUGAAAAAUCGAACGAGGUUCUGCCUUUGAGUUCCAGGAAUCCAACAAUUCCGAAACGAAAAAAAAAUGGAAAAUUUAAAAAAUCUAUCAAAAAGGUUUGCUCUUCCACUAUAAUAGAGGAUGACAAUUCGGAUGAGAGGAAUAUUCUUGAACUUAUGGAAAAAAUGGAACACUGUAUUUCGACGACAAAAGAUCGUAAAACACGACAACUUUUGAAACGCAGUUUCGGUUUGUUGUUAAAAAUUUCGGUUUGAUUCGAAUGAACAUUUUUUGAAGGAAAUUUACAAUGCACCAUAGAUGUUGACGAUGAGAAGUUUGAAAAAGAAGAUGAUGAACCCACCACUUCAAACAUCCAAGAUCCCGAUUGUAAGCUCCAAAUUUUGAGAUACAUAUUGUGAUAUAUAAAUAAUCUUUCAGAUGUUUUGCCGAAGAGAACGUAUACAAAAAAUCGUCUGAAUUUGGAUCAGAUGAAGAACCUGAUCAAGCAGAGGAAAAUUAUGAAAUGUUCCAUCAACAAAUUAAGUAACUACUAUAGACUGCCGACGGAUUUGAAUAACAGUAAGAAAUUCAUAAAAAGGUACUUUUUGUUUUUGAAAAUUAUGGUGAAUGGAUAAAAAUAUAUAACUUUCAUUUUUCAGAUGUGAAGACCUCGUAAAUGAAAAAAGAGAAACACGAUAUUUUUGUUUAGCAAAAUUAGAAGACCGACUGGCAUUUUUUGUGUAUCGAUGGUUGAAGCAAAAACUCGAAUUCCACGGUGAUCAAAUUCAAUUAACUGGGGCAAGUCAAGGAUUCUGUGUAGGAUUGAAAAAAUUCAAAGUAAGACUUUCAGUGCUCAAAAACAUUCAUUGAUCAAUGAUACGAUUUUUAGGCGUCGUCUUCUUGGUUGCGUCGAUUCAAACACAGGCAACGCUUGAGAUCUAGACAUAUUGAUGUCAGAUUAUCAAAACGCUUCAUUGAAACAUAUGAUGAUCUUCAAGAAAAUAUCAAGGAUUUUCGAACUAACACUAUUCCGCUUUUGAGAAAAUAUAGAGCGAGUCAAAUCAUAAACAGUGAUCAAACAGCAGUACAAUUGGAAUUAACAAGAAACCGAACUUUAGCUACAAUUGGAGAAAAACGAGUGAAAAGAAGAAUUCAGAGAGACCACGCAACAACGCAUAGUUAUACCCUCCAUAUUUCAAUUUUCGCCGACGGUCGGUUACCAGAAAAACUGUUUGUCGUCCUCAAAGAGCAAGUACAACCAGCGAUGUUCGCUCAAGCUGUUUCGGGUUUUUCGGAACUUUUUGUUGUUUCCACGCCUUCUGGAAAGAUGAACUUGGAAAACACUGAUCAAUGGAUGACAGAAUGUUUAUUGCCAGAAGUAAAGAAGGAUUCUGUUAUCCUUCUCGAUCAAUGGACAGGUUUCAACCAUUUGGAUUCAUUGGAUGAAGUUAAAAAGAAAAAUCUGAAUAUUAUCAGAUUUCCAGACCGUUCGACACCGUAUUUACAGCCACUGGACCUCUGCUUGAACCGUCAACUCAAAAAUUUUCUUCACAAAGUCACUUGCCAUGUACGAAUGUUUCAAAACUGGUUUAUUUUAUCAAUUCGAAACAACAUCCUACUUGUCAUUCAAAUGGCAUACAAUCAACUGAAGUCUCCAAUUUUCAAACCUCUUAUCAAGCAUGGUUUCUAUCAGAUGGGUGUUCUUCGAGGAAAAGCACCUAAAUUCGAAACAAUGACAGAACAUUGCUUCAAUAGGGAGUUUCUAUACAAAACUGCAUGCUGUGAAACAGGCUGUAGAAAUGAGCAAUUUAUGAGAUGUGCCUGGUGCGAUAUGGUUUUUUGUUUUCGUCACAUUAUUCAACACUUACAUUAA